AUGGGCAUUCACGACGGCGACGACGACGAGCUCAAGAGACUUAUGUUUGGGCUGUGUAAGGCUGAGCGGGCUGCAAGGCGCGUCUGGGGGCGAACUGGCUGGGGAUUUGGGCUCUGGUUACUGCUCGUCCUCGCCGGCGUCGCGUGCUUCUUCAGUCGGCAUAUUCCCGUCGGCCUCAGCUGGGCUUUACUUAUCAAGAUCUGCUCUUUUCUAUUCUGCCUAUUCUCUCAAGGUAGCUACAGUUUUAUUGAACUAGCAGUAGAGGUAGAUGGCACUCGAUUAAGUGGGUUGGGUAAUUUGGGUGGGUCACAAUCGGGGCACAAACAUACCGUAGCAGACUGUGUCAUCGUCGGAGAAGAAUGUCUUCCCAUCAUCCUCCCCAUCGCCUAUUACCAGUGCGCCAUUCGUCCCAUUGAAGAAACUCUCGAUGGAAUCGACAUUGAUGGUCGACGCGUCACUCUCCCUCCAACCGCUCAACGCACUGCCCUCAUCUUCCGUCAACGACUUUAUGAAAAGACGCACGACGACGGAAAUUUUGCCCAUUAUCUAGUUGAUAUCGAGGGAGACGGUUGUUGCGGGGCUGGAAUCAAGUUCGCCCUCGAGCUCAUGUAUAGUUCGUCGAGGUCCCUGGAGUAUGAUGUCUUGAUGAAGUUAAUCAUGGGCAGUGAUGACGAACCCCAGGGUUUUGACAUCUGUGGUGAAUGUGAAACCCAGUUGGAGGACCUUGAGUCAGAUCAUCAGAUUGAAGUGUGGCAUGCAUUACCUGAAUGGUGUGGCAGAGAGAGCUGGGAUAGCUUACAGAUAGAUGAUGACGCGUAG